AUGGAAAAACACAAUCUAACAGUCCUGAGCAAAUUUAUCCUCAUGGGAAUCACAGACCACCCUGAGCUUCAGCUUCCAUUAUUUGGGAUGUUCCUGCUCAUCUACAUGAUCUCAGUGGUGGGCAACUUGGGAAUGGUCAUCCUCACCAAGGUGGACUCCAGGCUCCAAACACCCAUGUACUUCUUUCUCAGACACCUGUCUUUCACUGAUCUUGGUUAUUCAACAACUAUAGGACCCAAAAUGUUAGAAAGUUUUGUUGUAGCUGAAAAUACAAUCUCCUAUUAUCUCUGUGCCACCCAGGGAGCUUUCUACAUUGUAUUUAUUAUUAGUGAGUUUUUUAUUCUGUCAGCAAUGUCUUAUGAUCGCUAUGUGGCCAUUUGUCACCCUCUGCUCUACACCAUCAUGAUGUCACAAAGGGUUUGUUGUGUGCUGGUGUCAAUUCCCUAUUUCUAUAGCAUAUUUUUGUCUCUUUUCACCACUGUAAAGAUAUUUAAUUUAUCCUUCUGUGGCUACAAUAUCAUAAAACAUUUCUACUGUGAUAGUCUUUCCUUGUUGCCUUUGCUCUGCUCAAAUACAUAUGACAUUGAAUUGAUUAUUCUACUUUUCUCAGCUUUUAAUUUGAUUUCAUCUCUUCUCAUAGUUCUUGUGUCCUACCUGCUUAUACUUGUAGCCAUUUUCAGGAUGAACUCUUCUGGGGGCAGACAGAAGGCUUUGUCCACCUGUGGAUCCCACCUGACAGUGAUCACAGUGUUCUAUGGGACUUUACUGUUUAUGUAUAUGCAGCCCAAAUACAGUCAUUCAUUUGACACUGAUAAAGUGACUUCCAUAUUUUAUACCCUCAUUAUCCCUAUGUUAAAUCCUUUGAUCUACAGCUUGAGGAACAAAGAUGUAAAGUAUGCUCUUCAUAAGUUAUGGGAAAAAAUAUGCAGUAUGUUUUCUUAA